ACUCCGCUUCACACCGCCCGCGGCUUCUGUGAGGAAAGCGGUUGCUAGUUUACGGUUGGUCUGGCUGCUACGACCACCACCAUGAGCGGCCUGGAUGGGGCCGAGGGGGCUCCUCUCCUCCAGCCCUGCAGCCCCGAUGCUCCCGACGGUGCCACCGGACCCGCCGACCCACACCAGGGCCCGAAGCUCCGUGAGGAAACCGAGGCGGCACAGGUGAUGGCGGAGUCGGGGGAGGGAAGCUUGGAGGCCGUCGCGCCCCCACGGGCCCAGCUUCCAGAGGAGGAGGGAGCCUCGCACGACCCUGCGGCCUGCGGCCAUGCCCCCCAGUUCGGAGUCGGUGGGGGUCGCAGUUUCGGGGCGCCUGAAGCGGAGCUAGAACAGGCCCCGCCCCCCGCCGGGGCCCCGGUGGCCGAGUCUGUGGCCAUGGCAACCGACCGCGGCCUGAACAAUAGCUGUCGGCCUGGGGAGCUGCGCGGCGCCGGCGCCGAGAGGCCGGGGGCUGAAGUGGUGGCCGAGGCGAAGGCCGCGGAUGAGGCGAUGGUGGAAAAGGAAGGAAAGGAGGAGGAGAGAGUAAUGGAGCAGGAGGUGGAGGUGGAGGAGAAGCCAGUAGGCGAAGAAGUAGAAAUGGCGGAGGCAAACAGAGCGGUGGCGGAGGCAAACAGAGCGGUGGCGGAGGUGAUGGAGGGACCACGGCGCCGGCCCCUGAACGUGAAUUUCCGCGUGAACCUCCGCAUGAACCCCCUGGAGGCCAUCCAGCAGGAACUGGACACGGUGAAUGCCCAGGCUGACCGGGCCUUCCAGCAGCUGGAGCAGAAGUUCGGGCGGAUGCGCCGGCACUACCUGGAGCGCCGGAACUACAUCAUUCAGAAUAUCCCGGGCUUCUGGGUCACCGCCUUCCGGAACCACCCCCAGUUGUCCCCCAUGAUCAGGGGCCAGGAUGCCGAGAUGUUAAGAUACGUCACCCAUUUGGAAGUGAAGGAAUUCAGACACCCGAGAACUGGCUGCAAGUUCAAGUUCUUCUUCCGAAGAAACCCCUUCUUCAGAAACAAGCUGAUCGUCAAGGAGUACGAGGUCAGAGCUUCCGGCCGCGUAGUAUCUCUCUCCACUCCCAUCGUGUGGCGUCGGGGUCACGAACCCCAGUCCUUCAUUCGCAGAAACCAGGACGUCGUCUGCAAUUUCUUCACCUGGUUUUCAGACCACAGCCUUCCAGAGUCUGACAAGAUUGCCGAGAUCAUCAAAGAGGACCUGUGGCCAAACCCGCUGCAGUACUACCUGCUGCGGGAAGGAGUCCGUAGAGCCAGACGGCGCCCGCUAAGGGAACCAGUGGAGAUCCCCAGGCCGUUUGGGUUCCAGUCUGGUUAAAGUUUGUCCUUGGGACUACCUCUGCACAAGGUCCCCUGACUGCUUGCUGAAAUCUGUGCUUUGAGCAACGGAAAAGGGUAUACCUUCUACUGUUUUUUCCCCUGACAUUUCUAAGACCUUUUUCCUCUGGACAUUUGUUUAUUCAACCUCAAGAUUGAGACCUUCAUGGCCAUGCUUCUCCACUUCUACACAGCCUGACUUUUCCACUGAUAUGCAACCUUCAUGCUGUUCUGCAUUACUGUCACAUUCUGCAAGGCCAUGACUCACACUACUGCUGAGCCAAGUAAAUAUGCUGUAAAUUUCACUGCCUUUUUCUGCACUGUUUGGACUCUUUGUUUCCAGGGCCUCUGGUGUGGUGGUUCUUACCACCUGGGAUUCUAGCUUUGUCUAGAGGCCUGUUCUACCCACUCUGCUCUGCAGGGCAGGCAUAUAGCCUGUGGACUUUUGCAGAAAAUAAAGCAACCAGAGACACUGGAGAGCAGCAGUGGGCCACUUGGUCUUUGUGACUUAUGUGACUCCAUUGCUCCCCUUGCACCUCUGGUUGUGCCCACUCCUGUUAGCCUGCUGCCUACUCGAUGAACAUCUUCCAGACCAUUGUCAGCUCCUCUGAUUUCUGGUGAACCAGAAUCUCCAGAACUGGUGGUGGACAUAAGUUUCCUGCUAGCACAAAUUUCCUUUCCAGCCUUUCCAUUCCUCUACCCAAAAGGCAUCUUAGUUCCUCACCCCCUCUUCCCUUGAUCCCCAUCACCCAAUAGCCCUACUUCAGGGAAGUGGUUGAGGUGACAGUUUAGAUCUUGUCCUCAUGACAAGUAUAAGGAUGGUGUCCAGGCUUUCUCAGCACCAACUAGUGAAUUCACACAAAACUUAGGUACCUCUUUGUACCUUCUUUCCUCAUCCUGAAGUAAUUGUCAGGAUAGCAGUACACUUUCUCUCUGUGUGUCCCUUAUCUCAAAGAAAAACAAAGCUUAGAAACAUCUGCAAAAGCCAGAUCUUUUAGUUAAUUUGGCUCUCCAUGAUUUCCAGGGACACUUCGACUGGUUGCCUCCUCACAUGUCCUGACUGACCAGGGCCGGGAAUGAAUCUGCAAUCCAGGUAUGUUUUCUUGACUGGGGAUUGAACCCACAACCCUUUGGUGUAGUGGGUCAGUGCUCUAAUCACUGCACACACUGGCCAGGAUUUUUUUAUGUUAAUCCUCACCCAACGAUAAUUUUUCCAUUGAUUUUUAGAGAGAGUGGGAGGGAGGAAGAGGGGUGUGAAAGAAACAUCCAUGAGAGAGACAUCGAUUGGUUGCCUCCUGCACACACCCCAACCAGGGCAGGCAUCAAACCUGCAACGGAGGUGCAUGCCCUUGACCUUGACCAGGAAUCAAAUUGACAACACUUCAGUGCUUGGGCCAACGCUCUCAUCACUGAACCACACUGGCAAGGGUGAGAAGAGUUAUUUAAAGAAAUACAACUUUGGGUAUUUUCUCGUUUUCAUUUGACUUAAUUUAUGUAGAUUAAUACUGUGUCCUUUACUUCACUAAUACUUAGUAAAAGCCUGUUAUUUUCUGUUUCUGCUUACUAGGAAAAUUGAGUUAUACAAGCUUUCUUUGCUUUUGUUUGGGAACAUUUAGAAAAAUAACAAUCUUUCCAGUACAGUACGAUGUAGAGACUGAAAUGAAUAUUCCUAAUGGUUUUCAACUUGUUCUUGUUUCUGUCAAAACUGCAUUCUUAGAAAUAUAAAUAACUUGAUCUUGUCAGAUUAUUAAGACUUUGGAAAUUAUUGUCUUCAUGGAAAAAUAACCUGCAAAAACAGUGUGGCUUGAUUGUCUUGCUUGAUAAUUUGCACUGGUAACAACUUAUUAACAAUUUAGCUUAAGUACUUGGGAGAUUGCUCUGUCAUUGGAAGUGUACCAUUAACAUAUAUGCAUGAUGGAAAAUAAAAGUAUGUUUCUCUGUUAA